AAGUGGCGUGAAGCAGUUCUCGGCCCUGAAGGGAGGCGUAGCCCGUCGCCGGGAGGAGGCCGUGGUGGCGGAAGAGGUUCAGCGGCUGAUGGCGGCUCAGGCUUGGGAGCCUCUCUAACUCUCCUUGUCCGGGAGCCUCUCCCUGGAUUCACAAUGACAUCCUUUCAAGAAGUACCAUUGCAGACUUCCAACUUUGCCCAUGUCAUCUUUCAAAAUGUGGCCAAAAGUUAUCUGCCUAAUGCACACCUGGAAUGUCAUUAUACCUUAACUCCAUAUAUCCAUCCACAUCCAAAAGAUUGGGUUGGUAUAUUCAAGGUUGGAUGGAGUACUGCUCGUGAUUAUUAUACUUUCUUAUGGUCGCCUAUGCCUGAACAGUAUGUAGAAGGAUCAGCAGUCAAUUGUGUAUUAGUGUUUCAAGGAUAUUACCUUCCAAAUGAUGAUGGAGAAUUUUAUCAGUUCUGUUACGUUACCCAUAAGGGUGAAAUUCGUGGAGCGAGUACACCUUUCCAGUUUCGAGCUUCUUCUCCAGUUGAAGAGUUGCUUACUAUGGAAGAUGAAGGAAACUCUGACAUGUUGGUGGUGACCACAAAGGCUGGACUUCUUGAGUUGAAAAUUGAGAAAACCAUGAAAGAAAAAGAAGAACUGUUAAAGUUAAUUGCCGUUCUGGAAAAAGAAACCACACAACUUCGAGAGCAAGUUGGAAGAAUGGAAAGAGAACUUAACCAUGAGAAAGAAAGAUGUGACCAACUACAAGCAGAGCAGAAGGGUCUUACUGAAGUAUCACAAAGUUUAAAAAUGGAAAAUGAAGAGUUUAAGAAGAGAUACAAUGAUGCUACAUCCAAAGCUCUCCAGCUUGAGGAAGACAUUUUGUCAGUGACACAGAAAGCAAUUGAAAAAGAAACUGAACUAGACAGUUUAAAGGACAAACUCAAGAAGGCACAAUAUGAAAGAGAACAAUUUGAGUGUCAGUUGAAGACAGAAAAGGAUGAGAAGGAACUUUAUAAGGUACAUUUGAAGAAUACAGAAAUAGAAAAUACUAAGCUUGUGUCAGAGGUCCAGACUUUAAAGAAUUUAGAUGGGAACAAAGAAAGCAUGAUUAUUCAUUUCAAAGAAGAGAUUGGCAGACUGCAGUUCUGUUUGGCUGAAAAGGAAAAUUUGCAAAGGGCUUUCUUGCUUACAACCUCAAGUAAGGAAGAUACAUUUUUUUUAAAGGAGCAACUUCGUAAAGCAGAGGAACAGGUUCAGGCAACUCGGCAAGAAGUUGUCUUUCUUGCUAAAGAACUUAGUGAUGCUGUAAAUGUGCGAGAUAAAACAAUGGCAGAUUUACACACUACACGCUUGGAAAAUGAGAAAGUGAAAAAGCAGUUAGCUGAUGCAGUGACUGAACUUAAACUAAAUGCUGUGAAAAAAGGCCAGGAGAAGACUGAUACACUGGAACAUGAACUGAGAAGAGAAGUUGAAGAUCUGAAACUUCGACUUCAGAUGGCAGCUGAUCAUUAUAAAGAAAAAUUCAAGGAAUGCCAGAGGCUCCAAAAACAAAUAAAUAAACUUUCAGACCAGUCAGCCAGUAACAAUAGUGUCUUCACAAAGAAAAUUGGUAAUCAGCAGAAAGUGAAUGAUACCGCAGUAAACACAGACCCAGCUACUACUAUCUCUGCUGUAGAUGUAAAGGUGCCACCUUUUGCAGCUGAGACAGAUUUUGACAUUGUAACAAAGGGGCAAGUCUGUGAAAUGACCAAAGAAAUUGCUGACAAAACAGAAAAGUAUAAUAAAUGUAAACAACUCUUGCAGGAUGAGAAAACAAAGUGCAAUAAAUAUGCGGAUGAACUUGCAAAAAUGGAGUUGAAAUGGAAAGAACAAGUGGAAAUUUCUGAAAGUGUAAAACUAGAACUAGCUGAAGUAGAGGACAAUUACAAACUUCAGUUGGCAGAGAAAGACAAAGAAAUAAAUGGUCUAACUUCACAUUUGGAAAACCUCUCCAGGGAAAAGGAAUUUAAUAGGAAUCUAGAAAAUCAAGCAGGAAAGAAAAUGGAAGGUCAGAAUUCCCAGAGUCAUCAGAAGAACUCACAGUGUCUCAGCACGUGCUCGGAGGAAAAUGGUCACGUUCCAGCAGUACCAAAUACACCACCAUUUCUGCAGUAUGGGAAUCCUUAUGCAACACAGGAAACAAGAGAUGGAGCAGAUGGUGCAUUUUACUCAGAUGAAAUCCAAAGGCCACCUGUGAGAGCACCCUCUUGGGGAGUGGAGGAUAAUGUUGUCUGCAGCCAGCCUGCUCGAAACCUUAGUCGGCCUGAUGGUUUAGAAGACCCCGAGGAUAGUAAAGAAGAUGAACAUGUGGCCACUGCCCCUGAUCCUCCAAAUCAGCAUUUACGGGGUCAUGGAACAGGCUUUUGUUUUGAUUCCAGCUUUGAUGUUCACAAGAAGUGUCCCCUCUGUGAAUUAAUGUUCCCUCCAAACUAUGAUCAGAGCAAAUUUGAAGAACAUGUGGAAAGUCACUGGAAGGUGUGCCCAAUGUGCAGCGAGCAGUUCCCUCCUGACUACGACCAGCAGGGGUUUGAAAGGCAUGUGCAGACCCAUUUUGAUCAGAAUGUUUUAAAUUUUGAUUAGUUACUUAGAUUAUGAUGGAGUUGAUACAGUUGAGCAGUUAACAAAUCUCCAGUAGACCACUAAGGAGACCACAAGGUAUCACUUUUAUGUCCCUUCUAACUUUUCUGACCAAGAGCUACUUUGAGUUUGGUGCCAUUAGGGGUCAGGGUCAAUCUUUGGCUUACAAUAAAUAUAAUUUUAACCUUUGUUACUCUUACCUGCUUAAGAAAAAUUCUUUUGUGUUUGUAUCUUUAUUUAUUCCCCAGUUUGCAAAAUCAUAUGAAUAAAGGAAACAAGGAUUAUUUUAAUGUUACUACACUGAAAAAGUAUAUGUAGAGUAUAUUUAGAAUAUUUACAAGUUUAUGUUGACCUUGUUGAUUGAGCAUGGCUACUAAAUAUUACAUAAUAAAAAUAAUUUAUAAAGUCUGGCAAAGUUAUUUUUUGAAUACAGAAGCUUCCAUAAUUCAGCACAUGAAAUACAACCCUCUUUAGAAAUGGAGCUGCAUGUAAAGUGAGACCACAUGCUUACAGUAUGGCAAAUACCCUUUUUAUAUUUGAAAUGUUUGCUUUAGGAAUAGAGGGCAUAUUUUGCUAAUUUUGAUUUUAAAAACCUGAAUGAUUAUUUUUUAAGCCAUCUUUAAGUUGUAUUUCUAUCUAAUGGGAAAAUGGAACAAGAUAAGUCAAUGUAGUUCUUUAAUAUUAUAUGAUCUGUUAAAUGUUUGUGGCAUAAAAUCAUGAAAAAAUAUUUUUCACAUUUUCCUGAUGCAAGUAUAGCUUUGAAAUAACAUUCUCAGUAAAUGAUAAAAUGUAAUACAUAAACCCAAAUCAAAGUAGUGUGUUCCUUGGUACACUCUUAACAUUAAAGAGGACACAUGGA